AUGAAAGGAUAUCUACUAUCACUGUGUUGCAAAAAUUAGAAACCUUGAAUGAAUUUAGCUGAUAGUAAUUUCCUCCAAAAUUACACAUUUCGGCGCAAUAACCAAAUUCAGUGUGGCAUAAUUCUUCAUCGGUUCACUAUGAAUUUCAUCCGUUCACUGCUCAUAUUUACUACGAUAAUUUUGGCAAAUAAUUUCAAUGUCGCUUUCGAAGACACGACCGCCACUAGAAAGACUGUUCAUAUUGAUGUGCUAAUUCAACGCUACAUGGUGGUUGAGAGGUCAUUGUGGAAUGAAAUUAGAGGCGGUCAAACUAGACCCCAUGAGCUUAUUUUGAAUAUUCGCAACGUACACGAUGCAACGUUUUCCCGUGAAACCCUCGCAUUUGUGAUGAGCGAUGAGAUUAAAUUGAGAUUUGCGAAAUAUUUAAAUUUGAGUGUCUUUGAAAGUUAUUUACGGGAUGAUCAAACUAACAGGAACAUCUCCAAUGUCAUAUUGAGUGAUUACAACAGCACAUUGACCAACGAUUUGUUUGAAGAGAUUAGGAAGGACACAGAAUCACAAAGCUGUGAUAACAGAUCAACCACGCUGAUUGAAUCGUCCAAUCACAACAUUUUCCUGUUUUAUCAACUAUUCAUCGCCCUGAUGUUAAUUUCAUAUGCUACGGAACAGAGUCGUAAUAUGAUGCUGGCUGUCAAGCAUGGUGUCGCUGACUACGAUAACAAAAUCUUAACCGAUAAGUUCAACGAUCAUUACAAAAGGAUCGGGUACUUAGCGAUGAAUAAAAUCAAAGAUGCAAGUAGAGACGUGUGGAUGUGUGAUUUAGAUUUUUACAUCAAAGAGGACGAAUCCAUACAAAUAACCAACUUACUACAAGGCUAUGUGGAAAAUGAAGUGAAUUUGAACAAAGAAAGCUCAUGUGCUGGAAGUUGCGAAGAUUAUAAAUACGCUCGAAAUCGACAUUGUGCCCCUGGAACCUUUUGCGGUGAUCAGGCUGUGAAUGGGUCGAAAAGUCACAUUUGCACCGGAACAAUAGUCGAUUGUUUGUUUGUCGAAUCGGAUAUGACAAUUUGUCCGUCGCUUGACUCCAACAAGCGACGGCGAUACGAUAGUAUUAAAUACUCAUCUGGGCGACAUAUGGGGCGAUUUUUUUGCGGCCGAGAGCGUUAUGAGGUUGAAUCCUAUCUCAGUAUAUGGUUGUCUUACUGUUCGUAUUGCUUUUGCUAUUGUGAUGCUGACACUGAAAACUCCGAAAGAUAUUUUAGUUUGAGGCCAUCCCUUUCGGAUAUCUCAAAAAACAAAAUUAUCACCGGCGUUGGCAUAGACAAACGAAAUGGAAUAUUUUCAUGGUCCAUAACACAAUCAACACUUCGUAGUAAUGGUCGCGUGGAUCCGUUGCCUAAGAAUAUUACAAGAAGUUAUUUGCCAUCCAAUUUGAGUGCAGACGAAGUGUAUCAAGAUUUUGUACUGAAUCCAAACAGUGAAGAUUCAGACUAUCGAAAGCUCUCUUGGCAAAAUCGUUCUAUAAAUUUGGCUACUGUGCUAGUGCCGCAAGGAUCCGUCAUUACAGGGAUACGAUUCGCAAUUCUGAAGAACCAUUUAAAUUUGGAAAUUCGAGCCACACGUUUCGAUUUCAAUACGGGAUUUCUCUACGAUCGAAGUGAAUGGAUAUCCAAUAAAAAUGAGAGAAGAACUGCUUUGUUACUUGAUCGUCCGGAACCGUCUCAUCCAAUACCCAUUAAUUCCGAAUUAUGUAAACGUUCGAUUCCAGACUUUACGCAAAAUCAAUUUAUCAAAUUCAGGCCAAGUGAUCCAGAUAAAGAUGCUGGACAGACAACAGUUCCUUUCAUCGAUACGCAAAUGGUUCGACCGAAGGAAUUGACAUUGUUAUCCGGCAUUUCAAUUUAUUAUAAAGGAAGACCUGGUUUUGGAGGAUUUAUUGCUCCCAAGUUAAUAGUGUACGAUAUGUCAGAGCACUUAAUUAAUUAAUUUAAGAUUGUCAUUUAGUACUUAAGCAUAUCGAAUAGAAAAUCGUUGUUUUUGGAAA